AAUAAGACGGCAACAAUUGCUGUGCUGUAUAGUGUGUUGUUGCUUCAAUCAUUUUGCUACGAGCGUCAGCGUUUGGCUACGUAUAUGCUUUUCUUAUUUGAUCAUUAAACAGUUACUUGUGCUGUGUUUGACUUUGGAUUUAUUCUAAAUAUGCUUUGGUUUUUAAGUUGAAUAGAGCCUUUUAUCAAGCAAUUAUUAGUUUGCACGAUGGAAAAAGGCAACAAAGUUUCAGCAAUUGAUGUUCUACUGUUCAUCCCGAAUAUCAUCGACUUUUCGAGGAUCGUUCUGUACUCCAUUGCGUUCUAUUUCGCCAGAACCAACUAUGUCAUUACUACAAGUUGUUUUAUCGUCGGCAUAAUACUAGAUGAAUUCGAUGGCCGAGCAGCGAGAUAUUUUCACCAGGAAUCUAAGCUUGGUGCUAUGCUGGACAUCAUGACAGAUCGCGUCGGGAAUGUUUGUCUCAUUUUAAACAUUGUCAACUUCUAUCCUGACUAUACGUUACUGUUUCAAUUGAGUAUCUAUGUUGAUAUCGUCGGUCACUGGUUGUACAUCCAUCAUUCCGCAUUGACUGGUUCAUAUCAUCAAGACAUGAAAGGUGGAAAUUAUUUUUUACGACUCUACUAUUCGAACAGGAUGCUCCUUUCUCUGUUGGUGGACGGAAACGAAAUAUUUCAUUUGAUGUUGUAUUUACUGCACUUUACUGAAGGACCUAUGUUGAAUCUACCGGGUUUGAAUAUUGGUCUGGUAAGAUUAGCGUUAUAUGCAUUCACACCAGUCAUGAUCGCGAAAUGUUGCUUUUUCAACGUCGUUCAUCUGUACGAUUCCAUAUGGAGCAUGGCAAAAUUAGAUGCUGAUCUACAAAACGAUAAGAAGACUAAAGCAAAUUAAUACAGAAGAUAUUGCAAUUUAUCCUGUACAUUAUUGCUUCGCAAUUUGAAUGCUGCUUUCGUAUGCGAUACCACUUGCUUAACUAAAAGUGGCGCACCGAUUGUGGUGCUUCUUUGAUAUUCGUUUAAUUUCGUAGAGACAUCUCAUAAAACUCAGUUGCUAACCCUAACUAUAAUCACUGAAAUCGCAUGCCGAAGUAAAACCAAAAUUUGAAUAUUUUUCUUACACUUUCAAAUAUUUAAUAUUUAAUGUUAUAAACUGAAAAGUUCAGAUAUAAGGGCCGCCCUGAAAACAUAUUUGCGUUAUGGGCAUUUUGCAUAAAAAUAAUUUUGUUUAAAAAUUUUUAUAUUGGUAAAAGAGAGAUUGAAUAGAAUGCUGUGUAUUUGCGUUACAGCUUGUAGAAAUAGGGUGAAAAUAUACUUACUGUUAAUUACCGUACAUUAUAACCACCGACUGUUAACAGCAUGUGUUAUAUUGCUAUAGUACAAAGUCUGACCGCGAUUCAUUUCCUUAUAUGAUUUACCGCAAGCCCUUAUGCUGGUUCGAAAUUUCAGAGCGAAUAACAGUCUGAUAAAGUGACCCCGUGCACGUGCACGACAGGUCGUCUCUUAGUAUAUUUCUUCGUUGUAGUUUGAUUAAAAUUAUAAGUGUUCUUUAAUUUUCUGUUACUUAAAAUAAUUCAAUUCGAUUGUGAACUUCUACUACAAUAUAUGGGCAUUCGGCAACAGA